AUGUUUCCUCAACAUCCUCCAGCGUCCACAUCAUCUUCAUCCAUGUAUCCAAAUCCCAAUCAACAACAGUUUGGGUUUAAUUCGAUGGCCGGUGCACCAGCGUCCACAUCAUCUUCAUCCAUGUAUCCAAAUCCCAAUCAACAACAGCAAGGAAAUUAUCUCACAUCAUCCGAAGAACGAAUGGUAAAAUUUCGACAGAUUGUUGGACAAUAUGAAAUAAAUCAGGAUUUUGCCAUGAGAUUAAGAAAUUUAGAAGGAUUCGAAGUUGUAUUUAUAUGUGAUGAUAGUGGAUCGAUGGGAACAGCAAUAGGUAAUAUAACAUCAGCAUUUGAUCGUCGACCAACUCGUUGGGAUGAACUUAAACAAACUGUAUCAAU